AAACGCCCAUAAAUAUUUACUCAAAAGUCAAAAUAAAAGCAAAUCGAAUACUCCCAUCUAAGGAGUCCCACGAAUUCCCCCUACGUUCGGUAGGGAUCCUCUAAAAGCACCGAUGCUUCCCACUCGUCUGCUUCUUCCUCUUGCUUACGUUCCAUUGAAGUCAUCACAAUUAAGCUGUCUUCGACCUUAUGGACGCUCAAGUGCUCAUGUAGCUGAAUUACUACCAGAUUUAGUGGAAAUUUCUUUAAGUAGAGCUAUUCUUAAUGGAUUUAGGACAUUCUGUAGUAGCCAAGAUUUGUCACUUAAAAAAUGUGUCCCAUGCAAGAGGAAGGAUUUGAGUCCUAUGACAGAGGGGAAUGCCAGUGAGUUGAAACCUAAGGUGCCGGAAUGGGAAUUGGUAAAUGAUGGUGGCAUAAUGAAGCUCAGAAGGAAUUGGAAAGUUAAGAAUUUUCUUCAAGGAUUGGAGUUUUUUAAGGUUGUUGGUGACUUGGCUGAAGCCGAAGGUCAUCAUCCAGAUCUUCAUCUUGUUGGAUGGAACAAUGUGACAAUUGAGAUAUGGACACAUGCUUGUGGUGGGCUCACAGAAAAUGAUUUCAUACUCGCUGCAAAAAUCGACAAGCUACCCCUUGAAUCUUUUCUUAGGCGAAAAUAACUUGAGUUUUUCUUUUCUUUUGUUUUUUUGGAGAGUUAUAAUGGCUGAUGUGGUUUCUUUUGUGUUGUUUUGCUACAAGAUUAUAUAAACACGUAAUAAGGUCAUGACCUUUGAUUUCA